AUGCAAGAAAAAGAUUUGACUGAUAUUUCAACAAAAAAGAAGAAUGUAAUAACAACAAAUGAUUCUGCAACAUGGAAAAGAAUAUUGGUAGAUUUAUUAAAAAAUAGUGAUAUUCAAUUUGAUGGACCAAAUGAUUGGGAUAUUCAAGUGAUGAAUGAAGGAUUCUACAAGAGAGUUUUGGUUGAAGGAUCUUUAGGACUGGGUGAAAGCUAUAUGGAUGGAUGGUGGGAAUGCAAGAGAUUGGAUUUAUUGUCGUAUAGGAUUCUAAAAAACAAAAUUGAAUUGCCAACCAAUUGGAGUGACAUUUUUAGAAUCGCCAUUCAAUAUGUCUACAAUUUGGAAUCAAAAGCACGUGCAUUGAUUGUUGGAUCAAAGCACUACAACACUGGUAAUGAUAUUUUUGAAGCUACAUUGGAUCCAAUGUACAUGCAAUACACUUGUGGUUAUUGGAAAGAUGCCAAAAAUCUAGACGAAUCACAAGAACAUAAACUAAGACUAGUAUGUGAAAAGUUGGGUCUUAAACCUGGAAUGAAACUGUUGGAUAUUGGUUGUGGAUGGGGUGGACUUGCCUAUUAUGCUGCCAAAAACUAUAAAGUCUCUGUUGUUGGUAUUACCAUCUCUGUUGAACAAUUAAAGUAUGCCGAGGAAAAGUGCAAAGGUUUGGAUGUAGAGUUUGUCGUUUCAGAUUAUCGUGACUUGAAUGGAUAUCAAUUUGACCGAAUGACUAGUAUCGGUAUGAUUGAACAUGUUGGACCAAACAACUAUCGUAACUUUUUCGAGGUGGCCAGAAGAAAUCUAAAAGAUGAUGGUAUCUUUUUACUCCAUUGUCUUGGUGGCACCAAACCUACCAAGAUUUGUGAUGAAUGGACCGCGAAAUAUAUCUUUUCAAUGGGUGUAAGUCCAUCCAUAUCUGGUAUUACAUCGGCAUCUGAACUACUAUUUAAUUUAGAAGACCUACACAACUUUGGGGCAGAUUAUGAUCGUACUCUGGUUGCUUGGUAUGAAAACUUUAACAAGAAUGCAUCAUCUUUGGAUACAUCAAAAUAUGAUGAUAGAUUUAAAAGAAUGUGGACAUACUAUCUUUUAAUGUGUGCUGGUGGAUUUAAAUCUAGAUCAUUAAAUCUUUGGCAAUUUGUAUUUACUCCUCAUGGUUUUGAUGGUGGUCUUAGAGUUGCUAGAUAA